AUGUCGUCCGUUUGGGGUGUCGAUCUUCCUGGCGGUGCGCGGCUCCGUCCGAGUCAGCCCCACUACGCGCAGGAAACGGAGAAGGCGCGGCGGCGUGACCGACAUUCACUCGGCACCACACCGCUGGCCGUCCACAAUCCCGCAGACCAACGUGUUUCCACACAUCCCUUGCGCAAGUUUUGUACCAUGGUCGAAACGAACGGAACAAAGCCCACGGCGCCGGUGGAAGAUUACACGCCGGAGAAUAUCCUUGUAACGGGAGGAGCAGGUUUCAUUGCCUCGCACGUGGCGAUUCUCCUUUGCAAAAAGUACCCGCAAUACAAGAUUGUCGUCUAUGAUUGCCUGGACUACUGCGCCUGUCUCGCCAACUUGCAAGAGCUCUUCGACUUGCCCAACUUCAAAUUCGUCAAGGGAGACAUUGCCUCGCCUGAUCUCGUCAGUUACGUCCUCCGCGAAGAAAAGAUCGACACCAUUCUGCACUUUGCGGCGCAGACGCACGUCGACAACUCCUUCGGAAAUUCCUUCGCCUUUACGCAGACCAACAUUUACGGAACGCACGUCCUGCUCGAGUCCGCCAAGUGCUGUGACACCCUCCGUCGCUUCGUGCACGUCUCCACCGACGAGGUCUACGGAGAAGGAGAAGACUUUGAAACGGACCCCAUGUCGGAAGAGCACGUCCUCGAACCGACCAAUCCCUACGCCGCCACCAAGGCCGGCGCCGAAUUCCUCGUCAAGAGCUACUUUCGUUCCUUCCAAUUGCCCUGCUUGAUCACCCGCGGUAACAACGUUUACGGACCUCACCAGUUCCCCGAAAAACUCAUUCCCAAGUUCACCAACCAGUUGCUCAAGAAUCUGCCCCUCACCAUUCACGGUGACGGGUCCAACACACGCAACUUUUUGUACGUGACGGAUGUCGCCAACGCGUUCGACAUCAUCAUGCACAAGGGAACACCGGGGCACGUAUACAACAUUGGGGGGAAGAAUGAAGUGCCCAACCUGGAAGUGGCCCGUGCCUUGCUCAAGCUCUUUGACAAAGAAAAGGAGGAAGAUACGCUCAUUAAGUUCGUCCCGGACCGACGAUUCAACGAUCUACGGUACACCAUUAAUUCCAACAAGUUGCACGAGCUCGGGUGGACGGAGCUCAUGAGUUGGGAAGAAGGCCUCGCCACUACGGUCGAUUGGUACAAAAAGUAUACCUCCCGUUACGGCAACAUUGACGCGGCCCUCGUGGCGCAUCCGCGCAUGCUCAACACCAACAAGGAGGACUUGGACGAAUCUACCCAAAAGGUCAUUAUGAAGCAGCACAAGAACUAA